AUGUUGAUUGACGGUUACGACCAGUACAACCAACAAGACAAUGAAGUGGUUAACAUCUCCCCUGACGAGGCGUCAGAAGAGCCUGCCGAAGCCCUUCCGAGGGCUGAUGAUUACGAAGCCAUGAAACGACAUGUCCUGGUCGAUCUACCCGAUCUCGAGACCGAAGCCGAAACCUAUAAUACUUGGCAUAUAGAAAGAUGGCGGGACCUCUCCAGAAGAGAGCAUGGUCCGGUAUUUGAAUGCGGUGGUCAUCCAUGGAGAGUCCUUUUCUUCCCGUACGGAAACCAGGUCGACUGCGCGUCCUUCUAUCUUGAACACGGCUUCGAAGGCGAUCCUCCACCGGACUGGUAUGCUUGCGUGCAAUUUUCCCUCGUCCUCUGGAAUCCAAACGAUCCAACCCUGUUCCGAAGCCAUACUGCCACUCAUCGUUUCAAUGCCAAAGAGGGUGAUUGGGGGUUCACCAGGUUUGUAGAAUUGAGGAAAGCCUUCAACCAGCCAUGGGAAGAAGGCUCGAGACACUUGGUGGAGAACAACGAAGCGAAUUUGACUGCCUACGUCCGGAUUAUCAAAGAUCCGACUGGAGUGCUGUGGCACAAUUUCGAGGGCUACGACUCGAAGAAGGAAACAGGCAUGGUCGGCCUCAAGAACCAAGGUGCAACCUGCUAUCUGAAUUCGCUCUUACAAUCUCUUUACUUCACCGACGCUUUCCGUAAGGCGGUGUAUCAGAUUCCCACCGAGAACGAAGCAAAUCGAAGCAACAGCGCGUGGGCUUUACAACGGUUAUUCUACAAGUUGCAAAAGGACAGGUUCGCCGUGUCGACCAAUGAACUCACCGCAUCCUUCGGAUGGGAUACUCGACAAAUCUUUGAACAGCAAGACGUGCAGGAAUUAUCGCGAAUCUUGAUGGAAGUGUUGGAAAAGAAAAUGAAAGGAACUCCUGCCGAAAGAACCCUGCCGGAACUUUUCGUCGGCAAGACGAAGACCUACAUCUCCUGCAUCAACGUCAACUACGAAUCUUCCAGGAUAGAAGAAUUCUGGGACCUGCAACUCAACGUUCGAGGGAACAAGAACUUGCAUGAGAGCUUCAUGGACUACAUUCAGGUGGAGACGCUGGAGGGGGAGAACAAGUACGAUGCCGGUGAACCGUACAAACUGCAAGACGCCCGGAAGGGAGUCAUCUUCGAAAGCUUCCCACCUGUAUUGCACCUCCAGCUGAAAAGAUUCGAGUACGACAUCAACCGAGAUGCGAUGAUGAAGGUCAACGACAGGCACGAAUUUCCGGAUGAAUUCGAUGCUUCUCUGUAUCUAUCGGAUGAGGCCAAAGCAGCCACCUCCGAGCCUUGGAUCUACCAGCUGCAUGGUGUCCUGGUUCACAGUGGUGACUUCAACGCUGGCCACUACUACGCCUUUUUACGGCCCACUAAGGACGGCCAGUUCUACAAGUUCGACGACGAUAGAGUCACGCGAGCCACCAUGAAAGAGGUUCUGGAAGAGAACUAUGGAGGGGAGUACGCGAAUGUCGCCAAUGGUGGACUCGGCCAACGACAGCCCUACAUGCGGGGAUACUCGACGAAACGCUCCAUGAGUGCAUACAUGCUGGUAUACAUCCGAAAAAGCAGGUUAGACCAGGUUUUACACCAAGUUUCCGAAGCGGAUAUUCCUCCCCAUAUCGAGCGAACAAUCGCCGAGGAACAGGCGGAACUUGCAAGGAAGAAGAAAGAGCGUGAAGAAGCGCAUCUUUACAUGAACGUCGGCCUGAUCACAGAGAAGACCUUCCAAGCCCAUCAUGGAUUCGACCUGACGAGUUACGAUCUCGAGCAGGGCGACCCUGCGGCAGCCCAGACGCAUCGGCUUCUACGCGCCACCAAGGUCUCCGACUUCGCAGCUGCCGUCUCCGAGGAACUCGGUGUCGAGCCAGAUCAGGUCCGGUUUUGGGUCAUGGUAGGGAGACAGAACAAAACCAACCGUCCUGACCAACCGAUCCGGGAUGUCGAAAUCUCUAUGGAAGAAGCCAUGAACAAAUACGGAUCCAGAGGCCGUCCUUUUUUCUUGUGGGCGGAGACCGCGCCCAAAUCGAAAGAUGGACAGGUGCAUUUUCCUGACCCUGCACAGGCGACGGGUGGCAAUACUCCCAUACUGGUGUUCCUCAAAUACUUUGACGUGAAGGCUCAGACGCUGACGGGAGUUGGCCAUGUCUAUGUUAAGAAAUUGGACAAGGUAUCGGAGAUCGCCCCUCAGAUCAACAGAAUCAUGCAGUGGGAUCCCAGCACGCCGAUUCUUUUGUUUGAAGAGAUCAAAUUCUCCAUGAUCGAAGCGAUGAAACCGAAGCAGACGUUCCAGCAGUCAGAAAUCCAAGACGGCGACAUUAUCUGCUUCCAACAAAACCUCCCCGACCUCGACCCAUCCACAGUCACGUACACAGAUGCGCGCCAAUACUACGACUACCUGCUCAAUAGGGUCCCGGUGACUUUCUAUCCCAAACCUGGCACGGAAGGGGAUACGUUUACACUAAGCCUGAGCAAAAAGAUGACCUACGAUCAGUUUGCUACCAAGGUUGGUGAAUACCUCAAGGUUGAUCCCACGCAUAUUCGAUUCGCCACGAUCAGUGCCACGAACAACAAAAUCAAAAUGUGGCUCAAGCGUAGCAUGAACUACAAUCUCCAACAAAUCCUCCAGUCACAAUUUUCUUCUUACGGUGGCUACGCGACACAUAGAGGUGAUGCGCUGUACUAUGAGAUUCUUGAAACCAGCCUUGCCGAUUACGAGACGAAGAAGAUUAUGAAAGUAACAUGGCUCAGUGAUGGGAUCAGCAAAGAGGAACCCUUGGAGAUACUUGUGGCCAAGAAUGGUAUGAUUGGAGAUCUGAUCAGCGGCAUUGCGAAAAAGCUCGCUCUGGAUGAACCAACCGCGCGCAAUAUACGCAUUCUUGAAGUCCAUGGGGGUAAAAUCCACAAGGAAUUGAUCGAGGAUUUCAACGUGAUUGGCGUCAACGAGUUUACGACGUUGUAUGCGGAGAAGAUUCCGGAGGAAGAGCUCAAUGCCUCCGACAACGAUAGAUUCAUCUAUUGUUAUCACUUUGACAAGGAAGCCAACAAGCCACACGGUGUACCAUUCAAAUUCCUGCUGAAGCCGGGAGAGCCCCUGAAGGAUACCAAGGAGCGGAUCAGCAAGCGGACCGGAAUCAAAGGCAAACUUUUGCAGCAGAUCAAGUUCGCUCUGGUGGGGAGAGCGGUGUAUGCCAAACCUCGAUAUCUCGAGGACGACGAUGUUAUUGUCGAUAUGAUUCAAGAUGGUGACGAGAUGCUUGGCCUUGAUCAUGUCAACAAGGCACGUAACUUCUGGGGCAAGGCCGAAGGCAUGUUUAUUCGGUAA